GGGGCCGUCCCCACUAGAGUAAGGAACUUGUGGGUAGUUCCCGGUCCCAGGCUCAGCAUGCGGAGCACCAGUCCCGCUGCUCUGGUGACCUUUUGCGCCGGGCUUUGGAUCUCGAACCAUGUGCUGGCGCAGGGGCUGGAGGCCGGUGUGCGGCCGAGAGCUGACUGUGAAGUAUGUAAAGAAUUCUUAGACCGAUUCUACAACUCCUUGCUAAGCAGAGGCGUAGACUUUUCUGCAGAAACCAUAGAGAAAGAGCUGCUCAGCUUUUGCUCGGAUGCCAAAGGAAAAGAAAACCGCCUGUGCUAUUAUCUAGGGGCCACCACAGACGCGGCCACCAAGAUCCUAGGUGAAGUCACUCGUCCCAUGAGUGUCCACAUACCCACGGUGAAGAUUUGUGAGAAGCUGAAGAAGAUGGACAGCCAGAUCUGUGAGCUGAAAUACGAGAAGAAGCUGGACUUGGCGUCGGUGGACCUGUGGAAGAUGAGAGUGGGAGAGCUGAAGCAGAUCCUUCAGAGCUGGGGGGAAGAGUGCAGGGCGUGUGCGGAGAAAAGCGACUACGUGAACCUCAUCAAAGAGCUGGCCCCCAAAUAUGUAGAGAUACACCCCCAAACAGAGCUCUGACCUUGUCGGCUGUCAGGAAGCAUGGACUGUAGUUAGAGGAGAAUGACUGUCUAAGAUGAGAUUGUGCUGGGUAGGGCUAACCAGGGACUGCCCGGUUGGCCAUCAGUCUUGCUGUUGUAUUGUGGAGUUGAGUUGUUUAGGCGUAUGAUCAACCCGUGCUUCCUCACGGUCAACCACACUGCAGAGCACAGAGACCUCAAGGUGCCUUUGCCAUCCUUCUUGGAGGGUGCAGUGGAUCCCUUUGCACUGCUAUGACAGAAGCAAGUCUGGGGAGGGAAGAGCCACUUUGGCUCAGGGAUUCUGUCCAUCAUGGCAGGGUAGCUAAGGCAGCACAGCUCAGAGUGGGGCGACGGGAGCUUGUCCUAGAGGCUGUUGUGAUUCUGGUGGAUAGAGAGGCAGACAGUGAUGUCCAAAUAAGGAUAAGUCUGUAACCUUCAAAGGGACAGUCCUGUUCAUCCACUUCUGCCAGGCAGACACCAACCUCACAGCCUCCCCAAAUUACCACUAGCUAGGGAACAAACCUUCCAAACACACUGAUGCCAGGUGUGGUGGUGAAUGCCUUUAAUCCCAGCACUCUGUCUGGAGGCAGAUCUCUGUGAG